UUUUUCUUUUCCUCCUUUCUUCUGCAUGGAGCUCUUGUCUUACACACAGUUACUGAACCUUUGGUGUUUAUUCAGAAUGGGGAUUGAUAGAAAGGAUGUAAGAAUUGUAUGCCACUUCAAUAUUCCCAAGUCAAUGGAAGGAUUUUAUCAAGAGUCAGGCAGAGCAGGUCGUGAUCAACUGCCCUGUACAAGUCUGCUGUACUACGGGGUAGAUGAUCGCAAAAGAAUGGAAUUCAUAUUAAGAAAUUCAGGAAGCAAGAAAUCCCAAUCAUCUACUUCACAGGAAGAAUCAUCAAAAAAGUCAAUGGCUGACUUUACCCAGAUGGUUGAAUAUUGUGAAGGAUCUGGAUGUCGUAGGAAAAGGAUUCUCGAGAGUUUUGGGGAGAAGGUUACUGCAUCCCUGUGUGAAAAAACAUGUGAUGCUUGCAGACAUCCAAACUUAGUUGCCCGAAAUUUGGAGGAUCUGACAACUGCCAUUGCUCUGCGCCAGAAAGGCGGUUCUUCUCGAAUUUUCAUCACCAGGUACUACAACCUAUAAUCA